CCUCGGAGGUGAGCGGACGGAGGAUAUUAUUAGAUGUUUUAAUGUAUUACGCUCUUGAUGCAACAAUCAAAAAGUUGUUUGAGUGAGAUAUAAAGAAAACGGAAACAGCAAGAAAGAAUUAGAAACCCAUUCUGUAAAGCCUUAUUUCAUAGAAUAUUUUUGGAAAAAACCCAGUGAAUCGAGAAUCAAAAAAUAUAUCAAUACCCCCCAAUCCCCCCAUUCAAAAAUAAUCCUACUACCCCCCUUUACCCUUAAAAAAAAGAAAAAUCAAAAACAAUCCCCCUUCGUAAAAAACAAAAACACAAAAACAGUCAAUCAAACGAAAGCCAACUAACCAAAACAAAGACAAACAAACCCUCACUUCCCCCCCCUCCACCCACCCCCCAAAAAAGGAGAAAAAAAAAACAUAAUAAAAAUCCGAGGCAAAUAAUCGACCCAUCCUGGAACCACUCAAGACCAUAAACAUUUUCCCUUACGCCUAUAACUCCCUGUGCGUGUCGCCGUCGAGCGUCCUGCAGUACCCAGUCAUGGAGUCCUUGAGCCCUACGCCCGCGGCAGCCGUGGCGAUUACCGAAGCCUCCACCGUCGACGCCCUCCACCAGGAGAGAAUGGAAUACAUAAGGCAGUUAGUGCAGGAGAAGGAGUCCUUAGCGAGCAACCCCGGCUGCGACGUCGCCAGGAGGCUGAUUGAACAAG